GCUUUGUUUGGACCAGGAGGAGGAGGAGGAGGAAGAGGAGGAGGCGAAGCCAGGCUUUUAAGCUCGGAGCGAACCCUCAGGAGUCCGAGUGGACUCCAUCUCUCUCUCUCUCACUCACAUGAGCAGAGUUUCGUUGUGAUCCAAAGCUGUCAAGAUGAACUCACGGAUUCCUCCCUGGUGUGUUGGAUUAUUUCUCGUGCUGAGUUUCACAGCAGGUGACCAAGCCGACGGUGAAGAUUCUCCGAACAAUCUGGAGCUAACCGAGUUAAUUGGCUUCCCCCUCCCGGAGUCCGUCUCUUUCGUGACGGGCUUCCAGGGGUACCCCGCCUACAGCUUCGGACCUCACGCCAAUGUGGCCCGCGUCACCAAGUCCGUCUUGCCCGACCCUUUCUACUACGACUUUGCCGUCACCGUCAUGGCCAAGCCCACCACGCGACAGGGCGGCGUCCUGUUCGCCAUCACUGAUGCGUCCCAAAAAGUGGUCCAACUGGGCGUGGCGCUCUCUGAGGUGGAGGACGGUUCCCAGAGGGUGGUCUUCUACUACACCGACCCCACCACAGGAGGCAAGACCCAGGAGGCGGCUUCCUUCAAGAUGGGCGACCUGACGGGAAGGUGGGCCAGGUUCACCUUGACGGUUGAGGCGGCCGAGGUGCGCCUCUACAUGGACUGCGAGGAGUACCACCGCGUGGCGUUCAUCAGGAGCAGUCAGCCCCUCACCUUCGAGGCCAGCUCGGGUGUCUUCGUGGGCAGCGCGGGGGCCACGGGCCUGCCCCACUUUGUGGGCUCCAUCCAGCAGCUGCUGCUCAAGUCGGAUCCCACGGCCCGUGACGACCAGUGCGAGGAGGACGACCCUGACGUGUCUGGAAGCGGCGAUGACACUUACGAGGACAUGGAGGGAAAAGAGGAAGUCAAGAAAGUUGUGGAAGAGAAGGAGUACAAAAAAGAACUGCUGCCCCCAACACUCAGUAGCCCAGUCCAAGCACCCCCCACCGAGAUGCCUACCAGUUAUGAUGAUGAUGAUGAUGAUGAAACUGGAGACGACAUAGAAGAGGCUUCUGGGCGGGAAAUGCAGGCGACCACACCCACGGGUAAAGAAAGACUACAUGAUAUAUCUAUUAUUCGGUUUGACGUUAGGUGGAUAGUAUUUUCACAUUUUGACUUGAUUUUAACUCGGUUACAGUGCGACCAGUCCAUUCAGCAACAGCACCCUCCAAGUCCAAUACUGUGUCUACGGGACAAAAAGGUGAGAGAGGUGAGCCAGGUGUGCAAGGCCCCCCAGGACCUGCCGGCCCACCGGGAGAAGGCUCGGAAUUGGCAGGGGAACCUGGACCACGUGGUCCGCCGGGACCUCAAGGCCCUCAGGGCCCUCCUGGAGCUGCAGGAAAAGACGGACACCAUGGAGCAAAAGGAGAAAAUGGCACUCCAGGAGCCACUGGCCCUCCAGGAUUCCCAGGCCUUGAAGGACAGCCCGGACCCAAAGGAGAAAAAGGCGAUACUGGGGUUGGACAGCCAGGCCUUCCUGGACCUCCCGGACCUCCAGGCCGCUUCUCCACCAAAUUAUUGGAGGGCUCAGGCUCAGCUUUGGGCUUUGACGACUUGGACGCCGAUAUGGAGAUCAUUCGAGGACCCCCCGGCGCUCCAGGACCCCGCGGCCCCCCCGGCACCCCGUCUGAGGAAGUCAUACCUGGACCACCUGGACUUCCCGGGAAAGAUGGAGAAAGAGGACAAACUGGACUUCCUGGUACUGACGAGUGGUUUAGUGCUUCUGGUUCUGGUCAGGUAUCACUGCUGGGUUCCAUCCUUGCAGCUUCAAUCAGGAAUGGAUGGACACAAAGGAGAACAAGGACCUGCUGGAGAAAAGGGAGACACGGGAGAACCUGGAGUGGAUGGCCAACCAGGACCUAAGGGAGAUCAGGGCCCUCAGGGCUUCCCAGGACUUCCCGGCCCCGAAGGUCCAGAGGGCCGGGUCGGGUCCCAGGGUCCAGCAGGUCCUCCUGGACCACCCGGCGCCCCAGCCAAAGGCUUGCCGUUUGACAUUGAGGGUCAUCCAGGAGCUCCUGGACUCCGGGGGCCAAAGGGUGAAGAAGGCCCCCAAGGUCCUGCUGGAGAGCCAGGUCUUAAGGGGGAGCCUGGCGUUGCAGGUCCACCAGGUUUAGCAGGACCAGAGGGACCCAAAGGUUCUGAGGGUCUUAAAGGAGAUCCCGGCGUUGUUGGACAAAAGGGCGAGCCAGGACGUGAUGGGCUCACACGACCUGGCCCUCCAGGACCUCCCGGACCUCCAGGACCCGUUGUCAACCUCAAUGAACUCCUACUCAAUGACACGGACGGCGUCUUCAACCUCUCAGGGAUUUUUGAGGCUCAGGGAUCGGCUGGAAAACAAGGCCCCAAGGGAGAUCCAGGAGUCCAAGGUGUUGAAGGACCUCCAGGACUCAAGGGGGAGAAAGGCGAGCCGGCAAUUAUCAUCUCUGGAAACGGAUCCACCUAUGACCUGUCUGCUCUAAAGGGGGACAAAGGAUACAAAGGCAACAUCGGUGCAACUGGACUUCCCGGACCACUCGGACCGAUGGGAAUGCCAGGACCAAAAGGGGACAUUGGCUUCCCCGGAAGACCCGGUCGUGCUGGCGUGACGGGACUCAAAGGAGAGAAAGGAGAAUCUGUCGGCAGACCCGGACUCCCAGGCCUUCCCGGACGACCGGGCCGCCCUGGAAUGUUCCGAUGCCCCAACGGAACCGUGUUCCCUGUCCCUGCCAGGCCCUUCUGCAAAACACCGAUCAAUCCCAACGGAAGCGCUGUGAUCGGUGACUAUCAGGACGGGAUGAAAGGACAAAAGGGAGAACGAGGCAUUCCUGGCAUCCCGGCGCCACCUAACACUUUUGGAGGACGCUUGGGAGUGAAGGGCGAUGCAGGCAUCGAUGGAGAAAAAGGAGAAAAGGGCGAGCCAGGUUUGCCCGGGCAACCAGGUGCUCCGGGGAAACAAGGGCCAGUGGGACCCAAAGGCGAGUCGGUACUCGGACCACAAGGCCCCCGCGGAGAACCGGGCACCCCGGGCACGCCGGGCUAUGGCAGACCUGGUCCAGCGGGACCCCCCGGACCUCCAGGGCAAACCGGAAGCUGGGGGUUGGGCUUUGGUAAAAAAGAUGCGCGUAUCCCUGGACCACCUGGACCCCCUGGACCUCCUGGCCCAACCGGAGCCCCUGGCCCACGCGGACCGUUCGGAGGUUCUGCUGCUGUGACUACGUUUUCCACAGUUGAGUCCAUGAUGCAGAAGACGGCCAGAGAGGCUGAGGGCAUGCUGGCCUAUGUCAUGUCCACAGGAAGCCUCUUCCUCAAGGUGUCCAAGGGUUGGAAGGAGAUCCAGCUCGGCAGUCUGCUCCAACUCUCCAGUAACAUCCUCCCACAAGACGAGCCUCGUGCUGCCCAGCAAAUAUCAGGCGGCACCAUUGAACGAGUGCGCUCCGUCACCGACAGGCUCAACCUGGUGGCCCUGAAUCAGCCGCACACGGGAGACAUGACGGGGCUGGACACGGCCGACCGGCUGUGCUACGAGCAGGCCAAGGCCAUGGGCCUCGCCCCCAACUACCGCGCCUUCGUUUCCUCCAACAAGCAGGACCUGGUCCACGUGGUCUACCCUGGCUUCAGGGACACUCUGCCCAUCACCAACCUCAGGGGAGACGUGCUCUUCAGGAACUGGAAGUCUGUCUUUACUGGCGAAGGAGGUGCCUUCAACACCAGGAUACCCAUUUAUUCCUUUGACGGACGCGACGUGAUGGCCGAUCCUUUCUGGCCCGAGAAGAGCAUCUGGCACGGCUCCAGCCCGCGAGGUCUGCGCCUGGUGGACAAGCACUGCGAGAUGUGGCGCGCCGACCACGUGUCGGUGGUGGGCCAGUCGUCCGCCCUGACCUCCGGCUUGCUGCUAGGCCAGCAGACCCGGAGCUGCUCCAACGACUAUGUGGUCCUCUGCGUGGAGACCCACAAGAACACCUAAGAACCGGUCCCCGAGGAGUCUGAACCCACCUUGAGGGCACAGUGCCGAGACCUGCCGCCCGUGCCGCAACGCGUCGUCCCUUUGGCACAUAAAAGGAAGCAUUGCUGGGGCCAGUUUUCACUUUUUUUGCCGACUCUGGUAGGGAAUGUGCUAGAUUUUAGGUUGCUGCACCUCCUGCUGCUCCAACCAAAUAGACCUUUUUUUUCUUCUUCUAUGAUCCCCAAAUUGUCACCAAUUGUCCACUCCAAGGGAAGUAAAAGACAGCUCUUGAGGGCUGUUUUGUUUUGUUUACAGGUUGUCACGGUGAUGCUUGAAGCAGUUUCCACUACUUUCAUUGCGUCUUUCCAUCAGACAGCCAGUGACCGAUAAAUUUGAUGCACUGUAUUUCAUUUCUUUGCUAAAUCUUCAUUUUGUUUUCAUUUGUGGUGUUGGCUCAGCACCGGGUUAUUUAAUUUAAAUCCAUUAUUUAUACUGUCAGAGCACAUAAACAUGAAAUCAGAAGAGAAAAUCUAAGUAAUGUAAUUUAUCAUUUGUUUGUUUGUUUGUGUGUUUUUCUAUUUGUUUUGCUACUAUCGUAGAAUGGAGGUGAGUCGGGAUGCUUAUUUUGGAGGGUUCGGCCUUCCAUGUGUCUUGCUAUAUAUUUUCAUUCUGAAAAAAAAAUGGAAAACUAAUUCCAAGAGUCGGUUGGUGCUUUGUUAAAAAGAAUAAAGUUUUCACCUUUCAUGA